ACAGCUCCAUGAGGAAACCACUCCAGUGACAUUUGACUUGUGCCCCGAACCUCACUUCCACCAACAACCCGACGACGCGCCUGCGCUGAUGUUAGCUGAGAAACAUGAUUGGCAGCCUGUUAUUUUAUGCGCUCUACCCAUUGUCACGGUACUUUACCGGUCGACGCUCAGAGGCCUCAAAGAAGGGUCUCCCUCUUGCAGUGGUUAAUGGCAGGUCAGUGUGGGAUGGUGGUGCUGUCACAACCAGGACGUUCAUCCAGUCUCGGACAACCCUGCCGGACCUGUGGCUCAGCCAAAGCAGAUGGACCAAGGGAGAAACGAAAGAAAGGAUGAAAGAGCAAAGCCCAGAAAAAGAGGUGGAUGCAAGAAUUGACACAGACAAAGAACAGCUGGUGGCUGUCCUGCGUGAAGAAACAGAGAAUGAGACUGUAAAGAUGAGUGAGAUGCAGCACAACACAGUGGAAGUUCCCAAGCAAGAAGAUGUCUCUGUGCUGCAUAGGAAACAAAACACUGAGGGUAUCAGUCCAGAGCAAGCACUUGAGGCACAGUUAAAGUGCCUGCAAACAGAUGAAAGCAUACAAGAAACGGCUUGUGCAGUACUGGAACAAAUACAGAUGCACACCAUGGAAGAGUCAGUAACUCCAGUUGAGGGCAGCACACAAGACACUAUCUGUUCAGCAGAGGUACAAAUACAGAUGCAUAGCUUGGGGGAGUUAGUAAGUCCAGCUGAGGACAGCACACAAGACACUAUCUGUUCAGCAGAGGUACAAAAACAGAUACAUAGCUUGGAGGAGUUAGUAACUCCAGCUGAGGACAGCACACAAGAAACUACCUGUUCAGCUGAGGCACAAAUACAAAGCUUGAGAAAGUCCGUAACUCCAGCCGAAGACAGCAUACAAGAAACUACCUGUCUAGUACAGAGACAAAUACAGAUACCAAGUGUGGAAGAAUCUGUCACUCCCUCUGUAACUGUUGAUAAAAUAACUGAGUGCUGGGAUGAAUACUUAGCUCCCUCUGCUCAUGAAAGGCACGGUGGGGAAAACAGUUCUAAGCUGGUAUUUACCUCUCUUCUCUCUAACAAUCAAACCCACCUUAAAUUCACUGGGCAACAUGAUACACAAACUGGCUGGCACUUCGCUGCAGGACCUGGUUUGGCAGAAGAAGUGCAAUGCCCACUGUGGCAAUUUCCCACUGUGAGCUAUUACCCUCCAACAGAGCCGACAGUGCCCUUUGAAGUGAUGUGGAGAGUAUGGGAGGAGGUAGAUGAGAGUGCCGCUACAGCAGAGCCUGCCCUGGUACCCUUCCCAUUCACAAAGAUGUACUUCACUGUCAUGUCCUACAACAUCCUUGCUCAAGAUUUGCUGGAGGCCAACCAGGAGCUUUACAUACACUGUCCUCUGGAUGUGCUGGACUGGAGCUACCGCUGCAACCUACUCUUAGAGGAAAUACUGAAAUGGGCACCAGAUAUUCUGUGUCUCCAAGAGGUUCAGGAGAACCACUACCAUGAACAGCUGUAUCCAGUCCUGUCUCAGAUGGGCUACACCUGUGUGUACAAGAGGCGUACGGGGACCAAGACAGACGGCUGUGCUACUUGUUAUCGAAACAGUUGCUUCGCUGAAGUAUCAGUAACUCCACUGGAGUACUUCAGGCCGGAGACAGAUCUCCUGGACCGACACAAUGUGGGCAUAGUUUUGUUGCUUCGGCCAGUGGUCACCCAGGCAUCCGAAGCCAAGGUGAAGGGCCCACUCCUCUGCGUGGCCAACACCCACCUGCUCUUCAACCCUAGGAGGGGUGACGUGAAGCUGGCUCAGUUAGCCAUAAUGCUGGCAGAGAUCGACAGCACGGUCAAGUCCUGUAAGGCCAAAGGCGAACACUGUAACGUUGUAUUGUGUGGAGACUUUAACUCUGUCCCACACAUGCCUCUGUACCAGCUGAUCACCACUGGCGAGCUCUACUACCAGGGUCUACCAUCAUGGAUGGUGAGACUGCUCCCACAUCACUUCCUGUGGACUUCUUUAGCUAUAUUAAGCUCUUUAUUUAAAAUUUUCUGUCAUGGUGCUUGCAGCAGUUACCUCUGUAACCACGUAUGUAUUCCCCAUGUCCUACAGAUAUCAGGUCAAGAGGACCUGUCCUACAAAACCCAUUGUUACAGGCUGUUUGCUCCCCUGUGGCCCAGCUGUCUGGCAGUCACUGACAGCUGCCAGUACACAACUGUCAACAACAUGUUUGAGAGUCAGAGUCAGAAAUCAGGCAAAUGUCAGUACACGCAUGACUUUAUGCUACAGCUGCGCUAUUGUCCAGCUGCAUGUGUCCGUCCGGUGGACCUGAACCUGAUCCCAGGCGUGACUGACAACACACCAGAUGCUUCAAGGGGGAAUCAGCCUUAUGAGAAAAGGUUCAGACACACUAUCAGUCAUCACUUAGACCUGGAGUCGGUCUAUAAACAUGUUCUCCCAGGCUCUGGCAGCUCAGAAGUCACAACCCUGCACUCUGAAGUGGGAGCCACUGUUGACUACAUCUUCUACUCCCCAAGACGCACCUUAACCUCUGCUCAAAAAGAUGGUGGUGACUUUCUGAGUGAAGGUCUGAAGUUGAUUGGUAGUCUCUCCCUCCUAUCAGAAGAUGUCGUAUGGUCAAUGAGAGGCCUUCCCAAUCACAUAUUCCCCUCUGACCAUCUCAGUCUUAUGGCCAAAUUCCAACUGGACCUGAAUGCUGCAUGAUAGGAAACACUGUGGGUGAAGUGAAAUUAUAAACAUAUUUCUUUUCAAAUGAUUCAGGUCUUGCUCUGCACACAUUUGGUUUUUGUUUUUAUCAUUAAGAAUGCCAUUACUUGUGGUUCAACACUGGCAACAGAGGGUCAUAGUUUUCUAACUGAAUUGAAGUCAGUAUUUUUGUUCAAAAGGGCCAGGAAAAAAUAAUGAAUGCUAACAUUCAGUCUCAUUCCACAUGGUUUUCAUCAGAUAAAUGAUGAGCCAUGAGUGAGAUAUGAAAAAUCUUAUUAGUGGUGAUGUAAUAGUUCAUUUAAAAAAUGAAGGUAGUGAUUGCUUUCUUUUUGGUGUGAUAAUGCACUGACCUGUUCAUUUUAUUGAUAACUGCUGUCAUAUUUUAAUUUAUUUUACACCUAAUUUUGAAAUGAGAAUGAAACUUCUCCAAUUAUGAGUCAGUUCUAUUUUUUCAGAUUGUUAGAAAUAUUGAAUAAAUAUUUUCCAUUAAUUUUUGCCUGCUUCAUUAUUUUUCAUCUUUAACACAUUACAGACAUUACAUGAAUGCCUCCAGGCUUGAAAUAAGAAUUUAUAGUUCCUUUCUGGAUUUAUGAUGUAGCAACGUUAAAUGUAUCCACUCACAUUAAAUCUUCCAGUUGGUGCUGGCCUCCCUGUG